CCAACUAGUUUGGCUUUCUGUAAACAUAGGCCAAGCUCGCGUGGCGUUCACGCGCAGCAGGAGACUGCGACGUUCACUUGGCUACCUCUUUAUGCGCGAGUUCUGAGCGACUUUGCUGCCCAAGUAAAAUCUACUGUCAUAGCAUAAAGAGAAGGCUAGUCUCAAACAUACGAGACAGCGAAACCGCGAGGUAACCAAAACCCAAGUCGAUGUCGACGCCGGCAGUGCCGCUUGUGGAAGCCCAGCAAGGAUGGCGUCUACCUCGUCGCGAGGUGCUGGAUGUUUUGGCGGGCCCGGUGCUGCUCCUCGCAGCUGGUCUGGGAGCUCUGACCGCCAGCAUCGCCUUGCGUGGCGGCGCCGUUCACGGCGGCAGCGGCGGCGGCCGGACCAGCACGUCUGGUGCGGUGGGCGGCGGCGGGCAGGGCACGGUGGACCCAGCCGCCACGUGGCCUGUUCUGGCGGUGCUGGCCUGCGUGUGUCUGGUGGGCGCGGUGGCGCUUGCCGUACGGAACUGGAGGGCGGCGUGCGCCGAGCUCCAGGCGAUAGCAGCACAGCAGCGGGCCGCGGCCGCUGCAGCGGCAGCUGCGGCCGCCGCUCCGGGCACCCCCGCGAAUCCGCUGCCCCUGCACUGCGUGUAUCUGCACUACCAGCCGCCCGGACUACGACCCGGCUCGUUCCCCGGCCCCUGCCCGCCUGAUGCUGGCAAGGGCGCGCUCGGCAGCUCGGGCGCCACGCAACACCAGCUGCCGCCGCAGCCGCUGCCAGAUCCGCCGUCACAGCCGCAGUCAAAGCCGCAGGCGGACACACUGCAGGCCCCCCUUAAAGGCCCGGGCCCGCAUGCGGAAGCAGCCCACGCACAGCCGCCGCAGCAGCACCAACACCACCAACAGCAGUUGCAACCACAACCACACGACGCUUCGGCGGCCCUGGCGGCAGCACUGGCGGCGGCGGCGUCUGGCGACCCCCUAUUUGUGUGCGGUAUGGAGACGCCGAGGAGCGCAGCCGCCGCCGCCGCAGCCGCCGCAGCCGCAGCAGCCGCAGCCGCAGCCGCAGCGGCAGCUGCUGCAGAUGCUGCUACUGCCGUGGGAGCCGCAGGAGAUGCUGCUACUGCUGGGGGAGCUGCAGGAGAUGCGGAGCAGUUCGGUUGCUGGGGUGCCGUCGGGCCACGGCUAGAAGCCACCGACAGCGAUCGACGCGGCCGGGAGAGCGGCAGGAGGGGGCACGGCCGCCCCAGUGCCGCAGGCCAGCUGCUGCGGAUGGCUCUCAUGUGGCUGGGUGCUCGUGGUGGCGGCGGCGGCGGCGGCGGCGGCGGCGGCAGCACGACGCCUGGCCGCCGCCGCCAGGGGCAAUGGGGGCGAGACGUGGAGGCUGCUGCAGCCGCUGCCGAGGAAGUAGUCGAGUCUAGCUCCGGCGAUAACAGCAGUAACGGCAGUAGCAGCAGAGAGGGCGUUACCAUGAACCAGAACAAUGCCGAUACCGGCAGUAGCAGCAGUAGCAGCAGUAGUAGCAGGACACAUGGGGUCAUAAGCAGCAUCCAGAUCGGCAGUAGCAGCCGCAGCGCGUCAGCGCCUGAAGGCGCUGGUACGGGGGCAGCAGCGGCAGGCGAUAGCGGCUGUAGCAGCGGCGAGGCGCGAGCCGGUUCCUACCCUCGGCGGCUGGUGGUUGUACUACAGCCCCACACACUGAUGCUUGGGCUACAGCCGGCGGCUGAGGCGGCGCAACCGACCCCCACGAACAAUGACGGGCAUCAGGCGCUAACACCAAGAGCACGGACGGCGGCGUCAGGACAUGCACUGGAAAUGUCAGCAGCAGCAGCAGCAGCAGCAGCAGCAGCAGCAGCAGCAGCAGCAGCACCAGCACCAGCACCAGCACCAGCACCAGCACCAGCACCAGCACCAGCACCAGCACCAGCACCAGCACCAGCACCAGCACCAGCACCAGCACCAGCACCAGCACCAGCACCAGCACCAGCACCAGCACCAGCACCAGCACCAGCACCAACACCACCAUCAGCAGUAGCAGUACCAGAGCCAGCAGUGGCUAGGCUCAGCGGACCAAGCUCUGUGGGUGGCCCCUUUCUCAGUCCCCCCGCGGGCGAUCCAGCAGCCUAUGCAGCCGCGGCCGCGACCGCCACGCACCCCAUUGCUUCACCGCGGACCCGCACGCAGCUACUGCCACCGCCCUGGCGGCAGCAGCAGCAACGGGAUGGCAGUAGCAGCCCCGGCGGAGCCGGCCUGGCUGUAGCUCAGGGUUCCGGCAGUAGCGACGACGGCAGUGACGGCAGUGGCAGAGGGGUUGGGUGCGGGAGCAUCAGCGGGGGUGGCGGGGGUAACGGCUGCUGCGGGGGUGGGGUAUUGGCAGCGGCGUUUCCCUCGCCACGCGUGGCGCCACACCCGCCGGAGCCCUCGCGUGCCGAGUUGCCCGGGCCAGCUUCUUCGUAGCAGUGACACUAUAUACGGCGUGUUGUCGCAGAUGCUAAGGUAACGAAUGCGCAUCUGCCAGAGGAGGUUGGCAGGAGGCAGCACAGGAGGAAAACCGGCGUGGUCUUGAGUGGUAGGUGGCAACGCUGGAUCGGGAGCCAACAUAUCGCCAGGCGGCGGGAAGAGGAUCUGGCUGUUGUUCCAGGUAUGAGGAUUCAGCCGGGGUCAGCCGGGUCCAUUGACCCACCUGCAUCCCCAAGCAUUCUCCAGGAGGGGCCCCCGUCCUGUCACACGGCAACGGGCGGCAGAGGCUGGGCUCCCUACAGUGUUUGGGCGUUGGAAUCAGGGGAGGCUGGAGUACACGCAUGCAGCAGUGAGCCGCUGCCCGUGGUGGGCGGGAUUGGUGAGAUUGGAGCCCGGACGGAGAAGCCUGGAGAAGCGCAGAGGCGCGGCAGACCGAAGCGGCAUCUGUUGACGCUGCUGUCUCGCGAUGCGCGGAUAGGGCGGGUGCGCACUUGCGGUGCAAGGGCAGCAGGGCAUACAUCUGUGGUGCUGGGCUGCCCCGGAGGCCGGACAGCCAGCCCCGCCUAAAACCGGUCAGUUGGUGGGACGUCAGCCUGUGUGAGCCGGUCUUGAUAAAGUGAGGUGAGCAGAAUGUGACGUCGUCAGUCAGUGCGGUGUGUACUGGAACCGGGUGGAGCCCUCGUUGCGAGUUGCUCAUAGCGUAUGAAGCUCAUGUGCGCGCCAUCAGCACCUGUCGAGAGCUAACGGUCUACGAACUGCGUGCACAGGGUUUUGGGGGUCUGAAAUUUCCAUUAUAUUCAUUGCAUUGGCAUCGCAGAGUAUCGUGGUCUGGAGUAUACGAGGUCGGCGCAACGGGCUUGGCCGUGGACUCUUGGUUGCUCGCGGUCUUGUUGAGCGGUUGGUUUGGGGCAUGAAGGGAAGAUUGCCGCGAUCAUCAAUCCCAAAAAGCGACGCCUGACGAUACAUACAAUUGUUUAAAGGCAAGCUAUACUUGCUACACAAACUGUACACGUCGUGAAUCUAGCCUGACACGCAAGCAAACUCUUCGGUCGGCUCCUCGUUUCUUGGUUCAGGGCUGUAUAAACCGACUG